AUGAUAAAGAGGGAAAGAUUUAGAAGGAAUAUAACAAUAAAAAGAGAAAUAGUUGAAAAAAAAAAUAAAUAUUGUAAAAGCUUUGUAAAUCUCGAAAAUAAGAAUUUAUUGGAUUGUUUUCAUGAAUAAACCAGAAGUAUUAGUUGUUAUGGUACUGAAUUUGGAUAGUUGAACAAAUUCUAAAUUCGAUUCAAAAAUAUUUUGCCUAAUUACAAAACUAAACAAUCUAUUCAAGAAAUUGAAAUGAAUGAGAAAAUUAGAAUGUAAACAUAAAAUAUAGAGGAUGAGAGUAUUCUUUAAUUUUAAAGAGGAAUUUAAGAUAUUAAUAAAAGCAAAACAAUAAUAUAAACACUUAAAAUACUUAAGACAUCUAAAUAAGAUGAGUUUGUUAAAUAAAUAAAGGAGCCAUAUAUAAAUAUAAAGAGAAAAAGAAGAAAUAGUUGUUAUUGUUUAUUAUGUGGUAAAAUGAAUGAAAAAUAAAUCAGACAUUAAAAUGAUCCAUAUUUUGACAAAUUUAAUAUGUUUUAACAAUAAAGAAGAAACUCAAUCUGUUAAUAAAAUAGAAAAAAGUAUUAAGAUAAACUAAAAUCUCAAAUUUAAUAAGAAAAUAUUAAAAUAUCAUAUAUCAGUUAAAAUAAGUCGCCCAUCAACAAAUAUAAAAAUGUCUCGAGAACUACAAAAUUAAUUCUAGAGUAGACUCAAAUAAAGAUAUUAUAAUAAGGUUAAAGAUAUUCGGCAUUACCAUCUUAAAGAAUUAAAACUGAACCAACUUAAUCAUCGCCUCGAUCUUUUAAAUUGUAUCCAAUAUAACUCAACAAAUUAAGAUUGGGUUAAUCAACUUAUAAAUAGAAUCAUCUAAAAGAGAGUUUCAAAACAUUGGCUAACAUCUAUAGAUGA